AUGACCUCGCAACGCUUCACUUUUGUCAAUGUCACUGCUCCUCAAGACGCAGCGACCGAAGGGAACAAGAAGCGCAUUCGUUCCGCCGCCGCAGCGUCGGGAUGGGCUCAGGGUGCUCGUCCCAAAAUUCAUCAAAAUCAAUCCACCACCUCCGAAAAUCCUCGCUUCGCUUAUUCGGUCAACCUGAAGGAUCUGUUUGAAACACCAGAGAAGUCUGAGCUCUCUACUACAUCACAUCUGACCGACACACCGAAACACUCCAACAUCUCGGAUCGCAAGUUCAUCUGGGAGACUACCACCGCCCGGAGAUCCUCUGCCGCAAAGUCUGGCUCCACAGAACGGUCUGACGACCACGUACGAUCGAACAUAAAGAGGAAGCGGACUACACGUAGCAGUCAGACUUCAAGCUCUCGUAAGCGAGCGCCUAUAACCUCCUCUUCGGCCUCGGUGUCUUCGCAGUCACUUGUAGCAAGUCCCACGACGGCUGUUACAUCAUGGAUAUCGUCAAUACAGACACCUGAUCCAACUUUGACCACGCCAACCUCUGCACUUGCGAGCCCUUAUGAUUUGGGUAGUGGCAUCCACGAUGCCUUCAACUGCUAUCCCGUCCUCAGCCAGCCGUGGUACGACAGAGUGCUGCAUCACAUCUUUGCUCCUCGUGGCUGGCCCACGUUGGGUAUCACUCAGGAAGAAGGACUCAAAUGGGAACGGUUCAUGACUCUACACGCUCUCGCAGAUGCCGCUCUGUUCAACGUUCGAUUACUCUUCGCAUCCGGCGAUCUGAUACGGAUGAAAGUCUUGCCCNCCGAAACAGCACUUUGGUUACGAGACCAAGCAGUCAAGUCAAUCAACGAAGCCCUUAGCGAUCCUGUUCGCGCCACCAGUGAUCCGCUGAUCCUGGCUGUUGGCCGCAUUGCCCUCCACGAAUCCAUGUAUGGCGACAGGAGUGCCGCCAACCUGAUACACCGCCCUGCGCAAUACCGGAUGAUUAUGAUGAGAGGCGGAAUGGGUGCUCUGGAUAUUCCAGAGCUCGUCAAGAGGUUGAUGAGGUGGGGCGAUAGGGUCAUGUCCUUACAAUCGGAUACACCCCGGUUCUUAAUCGAACUCGACAACGAUCGGUCUUUUUCGAUUGAUCAGAGUGUCGGGGUUGUGGAGAAGUGGGUGCCACAAGAAGGCAUCUUGUUACGCAACAAGGUCAGCACGUAA